CCGCCCCUCCCCAGACCCCAGGCCCCUAACCCAACGCCAGGCUGUGCUGUGACCUGUCUCGCGACGCGAUUCAUCCCUGUCGAAUCCAUGCGGGCGAUUGGAGUGGAGAGUGUGGGCAUCAGCACGGCGUGGGUCUCUCAGGCUGGACUAUCAUCGCACCGUGCCGUACUGGACACGGAUGCUUGCCCCCCAGACCAGAGUGCGAGUGCACUGACUACCAAGGCACUAUGCCGUCCCUUCCACAUGCCCUGCCUGGUGUACACAGUGCAGCAGCCAGCAGCGUCCAUCACUCUGAUCCAAUCCGCUUCCCUCUUUCUCUCCUUCUCCCUCUGGUCACCCUUGCCCCUAUUCACCCAGUGCGGAGGAGACACUCCCUUGAUCUCACUGCCCCUUGAUUUCACCGCCCCUUCAUCCCAUUACCCCAUGAUCCCACCACCCCAUCACCCCUUUAACCCAUCCCCCAUCAUCCCAUCUUCUCCCCACCAUGCCCUUGCAUUGGCUCUGGGCUCUCGCAGCGAUGGUUG